AUGAGCCGAGCCCGGGACACCCUGUGGGCACGUCCCCAGUUUGGAUCAAGUGCUGCCCAAAAAUCCACAGAGACCAGUAUUCAAAAUCAGAUCCAGGUGGUUUUAGCCAGAUGUGAGAGCCUGAGCCCGAGCCGUGGGGCGGCCAAGAGGAAGAAGAAGCAGAGGAGGAACCGCACCACCUUCAACAGCAGCCAGCUGCAGGCUCUGGAGAGGGUCUUUGAGAGGACGCACUACCCCGACGCCUUCGUGCGGGAGGAGCUGGCGAGGAGGGUCAACCUCAGCGAGGCGAGAGUCCAGGUCUGGUUUCAGAACCGGAGGGCCAAGUUUCGCCGUAACGAGAGGGCCAUGCUGGCCAACAGAUCAGCAUCACUGCUCAAAUCCUACAGCCAAGAGGCAGCCAUUGAGCAGCCCAUGGCGCCACGACCCACCGCACUGACCCCGGAGUAUCUCUCCUGGACCAGCACCUCCCCGUACAGCACUGUGCCCUCCUACAGCUCCAGCGGGACCGCGACGCCCACCCAAGGGGUGAACAUGGCCAACAGCAUCGCCAGCCUGCGCCUCAAAGCCAAAGAGUUCAGCCUCCAUCAGAACCAGGUGCCGACCGUGAACUGACCAGGGCAAAGCCCGCCCAGCGGCCUCAUCCAGGAUACAACGUGGAGCUCCUGUGCCGGUCCAGGACGAAUCCGCCACCUGCCCAACACAUGUCACUCAUCCAGUGUGUCUCAGCACCUCUUCUCUCCUCUUCCCUUCCCUUUUGAAGGUAGAGUCAGUCCCCAGGCCGAAGUGGCACAUAAUUAUAGCCACAUAUGGAGCAAACUUGGUUAGAAAUUUGCUUUUCCGCACACCCUUAUAAUAACGGCUAUAUAUACACACACAUACCCCCCACGCGCUCUUCGAGGACAAACAGACUUGCCAAGGGAACAAGAAUUUGCUUCCAAACAUGGAAGGAUCUUGGACUAUUGGAUUUGACCAAUUUGGGUAUCUCGUCCAGAGAGCCAAAGAGUUCUUGGGUCUUCUCCUCCCGCGGGGACAUGCAGCGGUGGGAGGACCACGAGCUCCCUUUCCGCCAGGCUGUGACUUGUGGUGCUCAACCACAAGUGCCGAAGCUGACCUGUGUGUUCACCUCUUUGUGCAGCCCCAGCCACAGUGUUUGGGACUUUGGGAAGCUGACGGCUCACCCAUGCCACGGCCAGUCCCAGCCAGCCCUCUGCACUGUGCUGCCUGCAUUUAGGAGUAGCCUAUUCAAUGGCGUCAGGUUUUUUUCCUUCCCAGAGGAGCAAGGAGGGCUGGAGCAUCUCACCAGCCUCUCUUGGAGCCUGUGAGCUCUCCUGUGAGCCGGGGGUGCAUCGCCAGUCCCCAGGCAGGCACUGCUGCCCUGCCUUGGUGGGCUUGCCAGCGAUUCUGCAGAGCCCCAGGUCAUUGAACCGUCCCAGGGAAAGAGAAAAUUGGAAAAAGCUGUUGGGUUUCAGCUGAGUAGGCGGCUCCCAGCGCUUCGUGCCAACGAAGGCUUCGCCUUCCGGAGGCACAGCCUCCCUGUCGGCAGCUCCACAGAUGUGAGCAGGG